AUGAUAAAACCUGCCAGAUCGAGAUCUUUACUCCCUAUCCGAUUGUAUUCUACUAGUAGAUUUCCAGUACCUCCUCCAAGUAGGUCUACGACGAUAAAUGGAGCCUCACAAAAGUUAGCUCAGUCAUCACUACCAACUAUCCCAUCACCACGGAUACUGAAAUCAUUCCUCGAUGAAUAUGUCAUUGGGCAAGAUGUGAGUAAGAAAGUUUUGAGUGUGUCUGUUUAUAAUCAUUACCUGAGGAUAUACGAUAGGAUCAAGAAGCAAAAGAUGAAGGAAAAUCAAUUACAAUUCCUAGAGGCUAAUGUAUCUGAUCAAAAAGAAGAAGCAACUUACGUUCCUAAUAGUGAGGCCGAACAAGGUAUGGCCAAUUUGAAAAGACAAGUUGAAUCUUUAAAACCAGAAAACGAUCCUGAAUCUAAUGGGAUUGAUGAUUUAGAAUUAAGCAAAAGUAAUGUUAUGGUAAUUGGUCCAUCUGGGUCUGGUAAAACUUUGUUAGCUACAACUUUGGCUCGUGUGCUUGAUGUUCCUAUUGCUAUAUCCGAUUGUACUCAAUUAACUCAAGCAGGGUAUAUUGGUGAGGAUGUUGAAGUUUGCAUAGAGAGAUUACUAGUGAAUGCUGAUUUUGAUGUUGCUAAAGCAGAAAGAGGUAUUAUUGUAUUGGAUGAAAUAGAUAAACUGGCUAAACCUUCUGCAAGUAUUGGUACUAAGGAUGUUUCUGGUGAAGGUGUUCAACAGUCAUUAUUAAAGAUCAUUGAAGGUCAUCGUGUACAGAUUAGUGUUAAAAGACCUGUCAAAAAUAAGUCGCCGGAUACAGAUAAAGAAGGUAAUAAAUCGGUGGUUAAGAAAGAGGAAACAUUUACAAUUGAUACCUCGAACAUUUUGUUUAUGAUUAUGGGUGCAUUUGUUGGGUUAGAUAAACACGUUGCCAAUAGAAUUAAAAAAUUAAAACAGUUGAAUGAACCAGAAAAGGAGACUGAAGAAGAUGAAAAGGAUGACUACACUAAUAUCAGUAAUAAAUUAGAAGAGAUUGAGUUGGAAAAUGGUGAAAAGGUUCCCGCAUUGAAUUUAGCAACACCUAUCGAUUUAGUUACAUUUGGUUUGAUUCCUGAACUUAUAGGUAGAGUCCCCAUCAUUACAGCUUUACAACCACUCCAACAUGAAGAUUUGUACCAUAUUUUGAAAGAACCAAAGAAUGCAUUGUUGGAUCAAUAUGAGUAUAUCUUUAAACAAUUUGGUGUAAGAUUAUGUAUUACUGAUAAGGCUUUGAAAAAAGUCUCCCAAUUUGCAUUGAACGAAGGUACAGGUGCUAGAGGUCUAAGAGGAAUUAUGGAGAGACUAUUGUUAAAUAUAAACUACGAAUGUCCGGAGUCAGGCACUCAAUAUGUCUUGAUCAACGAAAAGACGGUCAACUCCUUACAACAAACAAAAUAUUCCCUUGCAUCAAAUGUUCAAUCUAAAUAUUACUCCAGAGGUCAAAUAUUUGAUUUAAUAAAUGACGUAUCGAAGGAAGAUCCGGAGCUUGCAAAGAAACUUGAUAUAGAAGUAAAUGGCGUUAAGAACUUAGAUUACCAAGAAAGCAAGAUCAAGGAAGCUAAACUAUAG